AUGUUUGAUCCAAUGUAUUAAUCAAUGAACUAGAUACUAGAGGAGAGUAAUAACAUUUUGUGGUUAGGAGAUUGCACAGCAGCAUAUGAUAGAAGUUUAUUAGAUGGUAAGGGAAUAAGAACAGUUUUGACAGUUGCUUCAGGAUUGAAUGUAUAAUAUUCUGAAGGAGGAAUGAUCCAUAAAGUAAAUUAAAAAUUGAAUUUAAAAAGGUGUAUCAUAUUUUAGAUGUUGAAUCAUCUAAUAUAGCAAGACUGUUUCCAGAUACAAACUAGUAAAUAUCUGAAGGUUUAAAAAGAGGAGGAGUGUUAGUUCAUUGUGCAGCAGGAGUUUCAAGAUCAGCAUCUGUGGUUAUAGCAUAUAUAAUGAAAACAAGAGGAUGGUUAUUUUAAGAAGCAUUUGAAUAUGUGAAAAAGAGAAGAAAUGUAGUGUUUCCAAAUUAUGGUUUUCAAAGACAAUUAAGAAUUUAUGAAAAAGAUUUGAAAUAAAACAUGGGAUAAUGGAAUUUCGAUACACCAAUAAAACAAAUAUAGAAAUCUUAAUAAGAUGGAUAUAAGGAGAAUGGAUAAUAGAUCAAUGUUUAAGAAAAGAAGACAAAAAUAUAGAAAGGGAAUCCAACAUUUUUUACACCUUAAAAACAAUAUCAAAAGGUAAGAUAAUUAGUGAAUUCUGGACAAUAAUAUUAAAUGGAGUAAAAGAGAGCAAAUUCUUAGGGAAGGAGUAAUCUAGUUGAUUCAAGAUUCAAUUUUACAAAUCAACGUCCUUUGAUAAUAUAGUAUUAACAGUAAAGAAACUAAGGAGUGGAUAAGAUGCCUGAGAUAAAAAAGAGGAAUUUAUACAAGUGA